CCUACAAAAUGUAGCAUGCAUGUCACGUACUCCCAUUAUUAUCCAUAUCCCAAUUCCAAUCUUUCGUCACAAGAAUGGCACCUGACGCAAGCAGCGGUGGCGUGGCGGCGGCUCGGCCGGCGGCAGCGGCGGGGAGGGCGUACGUGACGUUCCUGGCGGGAGACGGGGACUACGUGAAAGGGGUGGUUGGGUUGGUGAAGGGGUUGAGGAAGGUGGGGGCCGCAUAUCCGGUGGUGGCGGCAGUUUGGCCGGAUGUCCCGGAGGAGCACCGCCGCUUGCUGGUGGCGCAGGGCUGCGUCGUCCGCGAAAUCGAGCCGUUGUAUCCUUCACAGGACGAGUCUCCGUUUGCUCGGGAUUACUAUGUUGUGAACUACUCUAAGCUCCAGUUUUGGCAGUUUGUGGAGUAUAGCAAAAUGAUAUACUUGGAUGCGGACAUGCAAGUCUUCCAAAACAUAGACCACUUGUUCGAUCUGCCGAACGGGUAUCUCUACGCGGUGGCGGAUUGCGUGUGCGAGGAGCACGGGCCGCCGUGCCCGGAGACGCUCCCGUGGCCGGAGACCUUGUUGGGGCCCAGGCCGUCUUUUUACUUCAACGGCGGCAUGUUUGUGUUCCAACCAAAUCUCUGCACCUACAAAAGCCUCUUGAAGUGUUUCCAAGUCACCCCUCCCACUGCUUUCGCCGAGCAGGACUUCUUAAAUAUGUUCUUCAAAGACAAGUGCAAGCGACUCCCGUACGUUUACAACAUGCUAGUGAACAUGCUAUGGCGCCAUCCUGACAAAGUGGAGCUCAGCAAAGCCAAAGUUGUCCACUAUUGCGUUGACGGGGCAAAGCCGUGGCGGUACACCGGGAAGGAAGAUCAGAUGAGCCGGGAUGAGAUCAAGGCGCUCGUGAACAUGUGGCGGGAUAUCUACAAUGAACCAAGUCUCGAUUACAACGACCACUCUCUUAAAAAAGUCAGCUAUAAUAAUGCUGGUGUCUACGCCGCCACCUAUGGAUUGGAUGGCGACGAAACCCGUGAGUUGGUCACAACUGCAAAUGUAGCCGUGACCACUGAUCUCUUCGACCUCGGUAUGAAUCUAAUCGGAGUUCAAUGUGUUGUUAAUGGUCCAUCAGCGGCGUAGUGUUUGGUUUGGAUCAAGUUUUUUAUGUGCAUUUAUAUUAAUAAAGUUUACUGGGAGUCUCUAAUAAUUAAUUUCUAAUUUA